AUGGAAUCACAAUCUUACGGAUACCACAGCAACAAUGGGAACAUAUAUCAUGGCGCUCAGGAUCUGACUAUGAGUGCGCCUACGUUUGGUGAGGCUGAUGUGAUUGGUUGCGGCGUCAACUUUGUUACGAAUUGCCUAUUCUUCACAAAGAAUGGCAUUUUCCUGGGCCCCAUCAAUGCGGGAAAGAAGCUGCCUCAGCCGGUGUAUCCUUGCGUUGCAAUGUCCUUCCCUAAAUGUCAUUUAAGCGUCAACUUCGGACAUCACAAGUUCGCCUUCGAUAUUGGACAAUACAUCGCACGUGAACGCGCGGUAGUGGUGGGCACUGCAGUGGAUCGAAAAUGCACAAAUCAAUUGGCUUAUGUGACCAUGCGAAGCCUGGUUGCCGCCUAUCUGCUUCACAAUGGGUACUUGGAGACUGCAACCGCUCUGGGUGGCUGGACUUCCAAACCGGCGUCAACUGGCCAACUGGCUAGUGGCGACUUUGACGAGAAGUCCUCGACUAUUGAGGCCGGAACAGGGUAUCACCAGAAAGCUAGCGGAACCACAUUUGCAAAUGGGUCUCUGGAAACACCUGUGAGUGAUUUGUCCUCACCCCACGAGACUUUCUUUCACCUCCAGUCAGACGCACACCAAGGCACGGAAGAAUCCGAUUACUUCCUUGUGUGGCCAGAAGAGCAAGACUUGCUUUUGAAGCGUCGUCAGCUUUGCGACGCGAUUCGCUGCGGCGACUAUUUGUCCGCCCUGACUCAGUUGGAGAUGCAUUUUCAGCAACUCACAAAACAAGAUCCUUCCAUUGGUUUUGUCUUGCGCUGUCACCACUUCAUAAAUCUCAUGUGCAACAAACCAACGCAACCCCAAAAUGAAUCCCAUACAGUUACUCCCACGAGGAACCUAGCUUCGCACGUUGCACUGUCCUCGGAUCAUUCCUUUAACGUUACGGAGCCCCACCGAGGAUAUGCCCAGAAGCGUCCAAAACCGUCUGAUUCGUUAGAAUCCUCUCCGGAAGUCGGACCCAGUGAUUACAAUUGCACUAGUCACUCAAACUCAGUAAACAUGCAUUACCAGUUAGAUCCCGACCUCUCUCCUCAUUUCCUUCCUCGUGGGCCUCGCUCAACGCAUGAACACAGUCCGUCUAGCUGCCAAGCGCCCAUCCGCCUCCGCCUCAGCGUACCGUCAGCCCAGUCAGGACGUCCGGAGUCCAUCUCUGAAUGCGCCUCAGUACCAGUGUAUCCACCUCACUACCAUUGCCACAGAGAGAGGUCGGCAUCCGACAACUCCAUUCCUCCAAAUCUACUGAACUUAGCAGAUGGUGGCCCUGAUCAAGUCGGAAACGGAGCUUUAUCUGGAUCUCAUUCCACUCAGGAUGGCCGAAAACGGCAGCAUCAUAUAACCAGCGUUCUCCGUUUCCCGGUUUAUGACUCCGCAGAUAUUGAACGCGGUCCGAAUAUUGUGGGCACCACUGUCGGCCUAAUCGAUCUAUCGGCCUUUUCCUCCGACGGCGAGCCAGGUCAGCUCAAGUGCCCUAAUAACGGGUGCCAAUGUAAAUCUCCCCCAUCCUCUGUUGGAUCCCCACCAACUUCUUUUGGUGAUACCACCCCACAGUCAGCUCUUCCCUUGCAGACCAUGGACUUCCAAAACAACGGAAAUGCAGUUGGAGACCCGAUAGACUGCACUGAUCCAUCAUUCGUUUCCGAAUCACUAAGCAACGGCACCAUCCCGUUCGCUACGAGUAACGCUCCAAAUUGUAACACAUCUUGUCCACCUGCCACUUCCAAUCCAACUCCAUGUUGUGGCCAGUUUGGGGUUGAAUUUGACGACGGACUGCGCAAACCACAUAAGAGUCCCAAUGAAGAUUCCAGAUCUCCUUGCAACUGGUCCAUGACAGACGAUGUGCUGCAUUUGGUAGAGUAUGGUCGUCUUCUGCGAUCCACUGCUUUGGAGUUACUACAACAAAACGCAAUUAAUCCUACUCAGAUCCAGCUUCUUGUCGUGAGUCGUAUUUGCUUUUUUCGUUGCGUCUGCUUGUUAACUAUCUCCCGUUUUGCCAUCUCACUCCUCUGUAUCUGAAGCCACAAGCUCCCAGUCUUCAACGGAUUGACUACGUCUCCUUCUGACGGUGUUAUAUUUCAAAGUAUUUUUUAAUUGGCCGUGAUGAGUGAUGUCCUUGUUUGUUCUCUUCUGAGGUUGUGACGGUUUCCAGCUUGGUUCACAAACCUUUCUUCACAUCCUCCACUUUCAAACGCACUUGUACGCCAUCAUCUUGGACGAUGUCAUUCCCCGACCGAUGGCUUGCACUCGUAAUAACUUGACGACUACUAUGUUUUUGCACCACGUAAUGUGAGCCUCGGUUGGUGAAUUGCUUCGAGAAAUUCAUGGUUUAUCGAUUGUUAUCCUGCCAAGAGCUCCCACUUUUAUUCAACCUAAACAGCUUGUUUGUCAUAUCGCUUUUAUUUUACUUUAUCCUUCCCUGUGAUUCAUUUGGCUCUUCAGAACUGAUAUUUGUCGCCUUUAACUUCCGAUCUCGAAAAACUUCUCUUUUGCAUGAAACUCAUUCUUGACUUGAUCUAUUAUUCGUACUCUACGCUUUGCUGCGAUAUAUGCUCAUUUAUCGAGUCAAGGAAAAGAUCUUGGUGUUUUUUUGUCUGCCUGUCUGCUCAUGCCACGCGCGAUCCUUCUAUAGCUACCAAACCCAUAUUUUCCUACGUUCCGAUUAUCGUUUACUCUCUUUCUUCUUAUUUCUAAAUCGCUGUUCUACUUUCUUUCAUUAUAAGGGCGCCUUCGGUCUGAUUGCCUACGAAAACCCUUACACCAGCCCAUUCAGGCAAUUCCUUGAUCCCACGCAUAGAGAGCGUUUGGCUGACGCUGUAAAUAGUGCAAUAUUGGUUCAUCAACACCAACCUGCCAACCCGAUUUUGGAUAGCGCGCUUGAGUUCCUGCAGAAAUCCCUUGUGGACGAACGUAACAGUUCGCAUUCUCGCCAUUUCGCGCUAUCCGACAUUCAGAUCUCCGAUUGUUGGAGCAACGAAGGGCUUGUCGAUCGUUUAGGUCGACUCGACAACUCAGUCUCCUUCACGGAGAGUCGCAGUGCAGUCGACUCUAAUGUUCAAGCCACUCGGCGUUUAUUUGAUCCUACCAAUGUGUAUACUCAACCACAGCAUUCGUCCACCUCAGCGGGAACCUCAGCACUUGCUUCUUCUCCCCGGACCCGACUCGCAGUGACAGAGGUCCAAUCGUUCAGUGUCAGCACAGCUUUCGAGAAUGCCAACAACGGUGGCACCACAUCCCUGCCCCAUCCAUUCCCAAAUUCAGCCGUCUCUAGUAUCGGAGUAUAUAUUAUACCUUCUUCUUUGAUCUCUUUCGGCUCCCGAGCCACUUCGCGAAACGUGACUCGAGUCUCCAGCACCUCCGCUUCCCCCUCCAUCCGGCCCACUAGUUUGACUACCACCCGACCUAAUUCCCGGUCAGUGCGCGAGUCUCACUUGAUUCAUCAGUCUCCGUCAGUUUCCACUCCAUCCACCCCUGUGAUGAACACAGUCUUGAGUUGGUCGACCUCAGAGGCGCAUGCAUCUGCUCGCAACUACACUAGAAACCCUCCACCGGUGACUGCACCGUCUGCGCCCAACUUAUCCCAUACAGAUUCGCAUGUUCCAUCGGGUCCUGAGCUAGCGGGAUUUUUCCACCCCAUCGUGUUUAUUGAUUGAUCUUUAUGAAUUCCUCUCAUAUUUUGCACACGACUUUUGAUCGUCCUCUCUUCAAGUUCAUGCUCCUGUCACUUCCGUGAUGUGACGCUAGUGCGUAAACUAUCAUUUUGGGGUCAUAUGAACGGUGCACUCCAUGACUUUGAUCUCUGUGGCGAGUGACGUUUUUCUGACACGCGAACCAUGAUGCACCGACUUCCUGCAUCCGUGGGCGCACAUAUCACAUUUGAGCUCUAUGCUAGCGACGAGAAUGCUGAUGUCUAUGCGACAAAACUGAUUCUUCACCCUUGCACAGAUUUUUUAAUUUGAGCGUCGUACUUCUCACUGCGCUGUAUCACUUUAGCACGCUGCGACAAGCGCAAUUGGUACUAUUCUUGUCGAUUGCCCUCCGCCUACCUUUGGGCUUGUGAUACACAUAUUUAGUUCUUGAUGCGUGUGCCUGCAUACAACACAUGAGACUGGAAAGCCAUCAUGCCCCCAUGGCAUCAUUUGACUUGUGAAUGAAUCGCCGUUUACCUAUGUAAUGUGCAGCACAUUUUUCUCACACUACCCCUCGAGUUGUUUUCGCCCUCAUCGACCUCAAUUUUUACAAUCCUGAUUUUGAACGAACACUAUUACCAUUAAACACAGUUGUUUCUU